AGAAAAGGUAAGAAACAUAGAUGUCCAUGUGAAAAGAAUAGAAUAGGGAAAACUGAAAAGCAUGCUCAUUUCAAAGAAUAGUUGGAAUAAUGAGUAAUGAGCUAGUAAUGACUACAGUAUAUGCACAUUGUCUCAACUAUUUCUAUAUAACUGGUAAUACCAGCAUAGUCUAUGACUAUCAGUUCAAAACAUGAAAAUGAACCCCAAAUUCCUGUUCCUUCUUAUCUUUUUUAAUAUAAUAUAUUUUUGUUAUGCUCAUCUAAAUACACUCCAUUCACCAAACACCACAACUGCUUUAUCUUCUUCAUUUGUACUUCCUUCCAACUUUCUCUUUGGUACUGCCUCUUCUGCAUAUCAGUAUGAAGGAGCCUACUUAGUUGAUGGCAAAGGGCUCAACAAUUGGGAUGUCUUUACUCAUGAAUCAGGAAAAGGUAAGAUUGCGGACAAAAGCAAUGGAGAUAUAGCGAUUGAUCACUACCAUCGGUAUCUGGAAGAUGUCAUGUUCAUGGCUGAUCUCGGACUCAACAGCUAUCGCUUUUCGAUUUCAUGGGCGAGAAUUCUACCCAAAGGAAGAUAUGGGAACGUCAAUUUAGCAGGCAUAUUAUUCUACAGCAAGCUCAUUGACAAUCUACUUGCCAAAGGGAUUCAACCUUUUGUGACAUUGUAUCACUAUGAUAUUCCACAAGAACUCGAAGACAGAUAUGGUGGAAUGCUUAGUUCCGAGUUACAGGAAGAUUUUAUAUAUUAUGCGGAUAUCUGCUUCAAAUACUUUGGGGACAGGGUGAAAUAUUGGGUUACCUUCAACGAACCAAAUGUUGCGAUUUAUUAUGGAUACGGUACUGGUGAUUACCCACCAGCACGGUGUUCAGGCAUAUUCGGAAAUUGUUCGAAAGGAGACUCAGAGGAGGAACCUUUCAUUGCAGCACAUAAUGUUAUCCUUGCUCAUGCAGCUGUUGUAAAUCUGUACAGAGCCAAAUAUCAGGAAUCACAAAAAGGUAUCAUAGGAAUUGUUCUACAAGCAAUAUGGUAUGAACCUUUCAGCAACUCACCAUUAGACAAGCUUGCUGCAGAAAGAGCUCACUCUUUCUUCCUCAAUUGGUUUUUAGAUCCAAUCAUGUUUGGAGAAUACCCGGAAGAGAUGCGAAAGAUUCUGGGAUCAAAUUUACCAUUAUUUUCAAAAGAUGAACAAAAGAUACUAAAAAAAGCAGUAGAUUUCAUUGGCAUCAAUCAUUACACUAGUUUUUAUGCAAAGGACUGCAUGUUUUCAAGCUGCGAACCUGGAAUCGGAGUUACCUGGACAGAAGGUCUAUACCAGAGAACUGCUUUGAACGAAGGCAUACCCAUUGGCGAACCAACAGCAAUGGAUUGGCUGUUCAUCCAUCCGCAAGGAAUGGAGAAAAUGGUUACUUACGUGAAGAAGAGAUACAAUAACACACCCAUGUUCAUAACAGAAAACGGGUUUGCUCAAGAAAACCAGAAUUCCAAUUUCAAUGACUUAAUCAAUGAUUCAAAGAGAGUGGAAUACAUGGCUGGUUAUCUAGAUUCACUCCUAAAGGCUAUUAAGAAAGGAGCGGAUGUGAGGGGAUAUUUCGCAUGGUCAUUGCUAGAUAACUUUGAGUGGUUACAUGGAUACACCAAAAGAUUUGGACUAUACCAUGUUGAUUACGAUACAUUAAAACGAAGUCCGAAAUCAUCAGUAGCAUGGUACAGAAACUUUAUAGCUAAGCAUACGAGACGGGCAAUACUACAGCAGAAAGGAAGUGAAAAUGUGGUUCAAUUAUCUCAAGACUUGUAAAAGAGGACAACAGAACAAUAACCUAUUUGUGUUCAUAUGAGAUGAUUUUAUCGAGUCAAAGUUUAGUAGAGUCCAAGUAAUAAAGAAUACUAAAUCGAGAACUAGACUAGAAUAUAGUGUUAGAUAAGCUUCUCUCAAUCCCAGUAUCUGUGCAGUGUUUUUCCUAUGCUCUUGUAGUCGUGUAAUUAUUCGCAGAAAGCGUACCUUCAAAACAUUGUGAAGGUUAAAAAAAACCAUCAUUAGGCCUUUUAACAGGACAUCUAAUGAUCUUAGGUGUUAUUUAGCGGCACAAUAAUCACAUCAUCCCGUUACCACAUCACAUUAACCAUUACCAUUUUGCCACAAUAGUAACAGAUUAUGACCUAUGUAAGCAAAAAAUAUGAAUUGACCUCAACUUAAACCCAGUCUAUUCACCUAAAUAUCAGCUGCAUUGGGCACAAGUUUGAACCAUGGUGCAAAAAUGUGGUAACUGAAAGAUGAUGCGGUAGCAGAAGAUGCAGUUCUCGUAACGUCAACACAAAACGCGGUAUUUUACACCUUUACGGGGCAAAAAAAUAUCGAUUUGUUUUUUUCUGAAAACCUUUACAACAUGGUCAUGUGAUGCGGCCUUAUUUUUGUAAUAUGGUUUGCACAGCCACGAAGGUGGCUGUACUUGUAUAUAGGGUUUAAAGCCGUAGUAUUCAUGUAGAUCUAAGUAUUAGCAGAAAGCAGCCAUCAAAUUCUGUUUGAGCUCUGAAUUCUAACUAAUGCUUACAAAAAUCAUGCACAAUGACUUGCAGAAGGAAGUGUGUUUCCAUUUAAAACAGCGAUCACAAAAAUCUGUUUCACUCCCUAUUCUACGCAAAACUAAAAGCUUUUUAAGAUUGGACAUCAGACCUUA